AUGGAUAAUCCUAGCCCCUCAAAGGAUGCCAGCGUGCCAGAGAUCAGCAAAAAACGCAACGCUUUCUCAGCACUCAUGGCUCCUAAGCCCAAGCAGCUCAAACCAUCUUCAGGGGAUGACCCCAACCACUCCCAGCACUCGUCCAAAUCCCAUCCCAACGACAUUCGCAGCGGUCUGCUUGCCUAUAUCCUCCAGCCUACAACCUUCUCUUCUGGCCAAGUCAUUACCCACAACGACCAUAUCGUCCUCAUACGCGAUGCCUUUCCCAAGGCCACUGUCCAUCUCCUCCUUCUCCCAAGAGACCCCGACAAAAGAGACUUGCAUCCGCAUGAAGCCUUUGAAGACCUCGAUUUUCUCAUGAUGAUCAGAACUCAAGUUUCCGAUGCAGUGAAGCUUGCAGCCUCGGAGCUUUCAAGGCUGAUUGGUUCGUUCUCCAUAGCCAACCAAGCCCGGAUCGAAGCAAUGGAAAGUGAGGAACCCCCAGACGUGCUGCCGGCUGGGCGAGACUACCUCAAGGACAUCCGCGUGGGCGUUCAUGCACAUCCAUCCAUGCAUCAUCUCCAUAUUCACAUCAUCAGUCGAGACAUGCAUUCGGACCGACUAAAGCAUCGCAAGCAUUACAAUAGCUUCAACACUGAAUUUUUCAUCCCUUUGGACGACUAUCCGCUGUCACCAGAUGAUCGAAAGCGCGAUGUCAGAUUCCAGAACAACAAUCUCAAAGAAGAUUUCAAGUGCUGGCGUUGUGGCAAGACGUUUGGGAAUAAAUUCCAAAAGCUCAAGGAGCACCUAGACGAAGAGUUUGAUGCAUGGAAACGUGAAUGACACACCCUUCCUAUCAAAGCUAUCACCUCUUUAUCUCCCAUCAAACGGAUAGUGUUAGCUUCUUCGAGGUCUGAAUGUCCUAUCAUCAUCGUGGCUGUUCCUGCGACGUUCGGGUGACGUCCGGUAGGCCCUGCCCACGCUGCCCUCCUGUCGUCCACGAUAUUCGACGUCUCUACGACUCGGCCCACCGUUCAUCUC